ACACGACGCGCUUUCCCCGUGCACGCAUUGUUUGUGUUGGCCAAAAUUUUAUUAAAUAUGAGAAAUUCCUUAUAAUUUAAGUUAUUAUAAUAUUAAUUUUAGUGUAAUUUUUAUUAAGGUUAACCUAGAAAGUAUAAUACAUAAGUAAAAUGUCGGAAGAUGUGAUAAAACACUCGGUACACACUUUGGUGUUCAGAUCUCUCAAAAGAUCUCAUGAUAUGUUUCUAUCUAACCAAGGAUUGUUGCCGCCAAUUGAUGAGAAAGCAGAAAAAAUUCUAAAAGGAGUGAAAGCUCGUGACAGCUAUGGUCAAGUGAUGGACACAGUACAACAUGCUCAGGCUGUCAAACAACAUGAUGCCAGGACACAGAUGGACAUACCUAAUGAUAAUGGAGAACUAGCAGAAUCAGCAGCCCUAGGUUCAGAAUCAGCUCUUAUGCCGUUCACCGGGCCAACACCGACCCCAGCCCCACCAGCCGGUGCCCUGGCCGUGCCGAGGAAACCUCCAGCGAUGCCCAAACCCAAGUGGCAUGCACCUUGGAAGCUGUUCCGAGUUAUAUCGGGACAUUUGGGCUGGGUGAGGUGUGUGGCUGUUGAACCCGGCAAUGAGUGGUUUGCUACAGGUGCUGCGGACAGAGUCAUAAAGAUUUGGGACUUGGCAAGUGGUAAACUAAAAGUGUCGCUUACUGGACAUGUCAGUACAGUCAGAGGUUUGGAAGUAUCUUCCCGACAUCCAUACUUAUUCAGUUGUGGUGAAGACAGGCAAGUUAAAUGCUGGGACUUGGAAUAUAACAAGGUGAUCCGCCACUACCACGGUCACCUCUCCGCAGUGUACACGAUCUCCCUGCACCCCACUAUCGACGUGCUGGUGACGGCGGGACGCGACGCCACGGCGCGGGUGUGGGACAUGCGGACCAAGGCCAAUGUGCACACGCUGACGGGACACACUGAUACGAUUGCGUCGCUGGCUUGUCAGGCUGCUGAGCCGCAGAUUAUAACCGGUUCCCACGACUCAACAAUCCGUCUCUGGGAUUUAGCAGCCGGCAAAUCAAUGUGCACUCUAACCAACCACAAGAAAUCAGUGCGUUCCAUCGUGGUCCACCCAACUUUAUACACCUUUGCAUCCGCUUCCCCGGAUAACAUAAAACAGUGGAAGUGCCCAGAAGGGAAGUUCAUACAAAACUUGUCUGGACAUAAUGCUAUAGUGAACUGUAUGGCUGUGAAUCCGGAGGGAGUUUUGGUCAGCGGAGGAGAUAAUGGAACUAUGUAUUUAUGGGAUUGGAGGACUGGGUAUAACUUCCAGAGGUUACAGGCCGCCGUCCAACCCGGUUCAAUGGACUCGGAAGCCGGUAUAUUCGCGAUGACGUUCGAUCAGUCGGGCUCGCGUCUCAUCACGACGGAAGCCGACAAGACCAUCAAGAUAUACAGGGAAGACGACACAGCCUCCGAGGAGACGCAUCCCAUUAACUGGAGACCAGAGAUAUUGAAGAGAAGGAAGUUUUAAUUACUUUAGCUGUAGUAAUAAUAAAGAUUUUUUGACAAUGA